UUUACUCCGUAUUUUCUAAACUAAGCUCCAUUUUCAUUCUUCUCUGGCUCAACACCUCAAUCGGAGACAGGAAAUUCCGACGGCUGACGAUUACUCCGACCAGAAAGUGGCGGCAGCCUCUAAUUUUUGAGUGACUCGGCUAUAAUGGGUUGGAAAGCUGCUCAGAAACUCAUACAUCACUGGAAGAUUCUCAGAGGUGACAAUGUUAUGAUAAUUAGAGGCAAAGACAAAGGUGAGAAGGGAGUCAUUAAGCGUGUCAUACGUUCGCAGAAUCGUGUUAUUGUUGAGGGCAAAAAUCUGGUAAAGAAGCAUAUUAAACAAGGUCAAGGUCAUGAAGGUGGGAUAUUUUCAGUUGAAGCACCAUUGCAUGUCUCUAAUGUGCAGGUUGUAGAUCCAGUGACAGGGCUACCAUGCAAAGUUGGAAUCAGGUACUUGGAAGAUGGUUCUAAAGUAAGAGUUUCAAGAGGUAUUGGAGCAUCAUGCUCUAUUAUUCCACGUCCUGAGAUCUUGAAGAUAAGAAGUACACCAAGACCAUCAGUUGCUGGUCCAAAGGACACUCCAUUGGAAGAUGUCAUGGAAAGAACAUAUGACCCGAGAGCCGGUAAGGGCAUGCCGGAUCUCUAGGAAAUGCUUCUUCUAUGUUUGGUUUCAUCUUCCUCAAAGCUUUGGGUGCCUGCCAGAAUCUAGCAGGAAAGAGAGAAUGAUUAGGCAUAAGUUGGAUCUUAUUAUAAUAUUGCAGCAGUCUGUAAUAUUAUUGGUUAUAAGUUAUAACUUGAUGAUAUGUUUCCGGGUUAGAGAUUUUGCUCUUUUAAAUUGUUUGUGCAGACUCAUGUCUUUUUGUUCACCAAGCAAAAUACUAAUGUUCCAAUAUGUCCAGUCUUUUCCCAACUCUAUUGAACACUAAUGUCUUUGUUCCAUUGUUGUGGAUUCAGGGAGUGUCUGUAAUCUUUAGCCAGU